AUGUCAUCAACCUUUUCAACACCAAAUUUCCAUUCAUCACCAGCUGUUAUUAAACCUCAUCACAAUAACAUUGCUGAUGUUUUAGAGUUCGAUGUAGCGGAAUGGUCAAGAGAUGAUGUUUAUCAAUGGUGUCUUGGUAAUCAGCAAGGACAUUUGUAUGCCCAAGUAAUGUUUGUCAAUUUAAUCGACGGGUUUGCACUGCUUGCACUAUCCUAUGAUAAAUUAAUUGUCUCUCCAUUCAAUUUAAAUGGUGGGUUGGCUUUCAACUUGGUUAGAGAUAUCGAAUUAUUAAGAGAAAAUAGAAAUGUUGAUUUCUUUAGUUAUGGAUACAAUAGUAUUGAAAGAUACAGUAAUGGAUUUAAAUAUGCAAAAGUAGAGGAAACUACUCCUCUUUUAUUAAGUGAUGAUGGUAGUUCACCAUCAUCAUAG